AUGAUGCGGCAAUUGUUACGAGAGUUUUGGGAAACAGCGAAUCCCUACACACAGUACUUGGAGGAAAUGACACCAGAAGAAAAAGAAAAACAAGAAAGUUUUGAGUCAUUUGAUUAUUACAAACCUUAUCCGUCUAUGUACAUGAAGCACUUACGACAACAUUAUGCUGAACAUUCUGUAGAGUCCACUGUUGUUGCUGAGCAACCGGCACAGGAAGUAUUAGCAGAAGUUGAAAAUGGAUUACCACACUACUUUGAGGGAGCCCGAAUGAAUGUAUUGGAUGCUGUUAAGAAUUAUGAUGCUGAUGAACGAAACGAAGCGUUACGUUGGUUUCUACAUGUUCUCAUUGCUAUUUUUGUAGGUAUAGUAGCUAUGGUUAUUUCAUUCGCGGUAGAAUAUAUGGAAGAGUAUAGAGCUGAAAAACUUGACGCUAUGAUUACUAAACAUCACGUGAUGGGUCGAUUUAUGGGAUUCUUUUUCUUUAUUGGUGUUUCAUUAGCACUUGUAGCCAUUGCAACACUUGUUGUGGUAUUAUUUGAACCAGCCGCAUCGGGUGGUGGAAUACCAGACGUUAUUGCAUACCUCAACGGUGUACAGAUGCGAAAGGCGAUGAAUGUUCGUACAUUCUUUGCAAAAGGUAUUUCCUGUAUGUGUGCGGUGGCCGGUGGUCUGCCGGUGGGACUUGAGGCCCCACUCAUUCAUCUUGGAGCCAUCACUGGAGCGGGAGUCACGCAAGGGCGAAGUCGUACACUUGGAUGUCAGACGAAACUAUUUCAUGCAUUUCGAAACAAUAAGGAUCGACGAGAUUUCAUUACAGCAGGCGCUGCAUGUGGUGUGAGUGCAGCCUUUGGAGCACCAAUAGGUGGAUUACUCUUCGUAAUGGAGGAAGUAUCAAGUUUUUGGGAUCAUAGUGCAAGUGGACAGAUUUUUCUUGCUACUAUGAUUUGUUUUACAACUAUUAGUAUGUUUCGUUCUUUAAUGGAAGAUCAACGAUUAUUAGGAUGGGUAUCAAACGCUGUUUCAGUUCUUUUUGAAGUAAAUUUGACAAUUCCACUUAAUUUACUAUCUAUUGUACCAUCUUUUUUUCUUGGAAUCCUCUGUGGAGCACUUGCAGCUGUAUUUACUAAAGUAAAUCUCAUGUUGGUAAAAUAUCGUCGAAAAUAUUUACGACCAUUUUUACUUCGUCGUUUCCUUGAACCACUUGUUAUAGUAGCAAUAUAUGGUACAUUGUCAUAUAUACUUGCUUUAGUACCUGAUUGCAGGCCAAAGUAUGGGAUGGACAGUUCAAAUGAUACAUUGGUAUGGGGUACUGAAAAUCGAACACGAUUGUUUACAGCGACUUGUUUAAAUAACGAAUCAUAUGCUCCUCUGGCAACCUUGACAAUGGGAACUGGGAAAGACACUAUACGUCAUCUUUUUUCACGGCAAACAAUUGGUGAAUUUCCUGCAGGGUAUAUAUUUCUAUUUCUCAUACUUUAUACUUUGUUUGCAUGUUGGUCAAAUGGAACAUCAGUUUCUGGUGGAUUAGUAGUACCAAGUCUCGUUAUAGGAGCCGCAUUUGGUCGUCUCUAUGGUCAAUUUUUGUGGUUUUUGACAGUUCGUGGAGCUGGUGCUGAACGUAGUUACUGGGCAUCACAGGCAUGGUUGGAUCCUGGAGUUUUUGCACUCAUUGGUGCUGGGGCUUUUCUUUCAGGAACUUCACGAAUGACUAUGUCUAUAUGUGUUAUCAUGGUGGAGUUAUCAUCAGAACUUCAUUACUUACUUCCUGUGAUGGUUGCUAUUGUAAUGUCAAAGACGGUGGCAGAUCUUAUUAGUGAACCACUCUAUCAUCAGAUGCUUCGUCUUGAUUCAGUACCUUAUCUACAGGCACAUUUGUUACGACCAGAGUUUGAACAAUUAACAGCAGCGGAUGUAAUGGCCUCAGAUGUAGUGACACUUCGAUUGCGAGAGAAAACAUCUGUUGUAAUGGAGGCACUACGACAAACUGCGCACCACGCUUUCCCGGUAGUGGAAGCAGUAGAUGAGAGAAAAACACAAUCUGAUGGAAUCCUUCAUACAGGGAAUUGUGGAGAAGGAGGAGUGGGAGUAGGAGAAGACGGGCAAGAUCGUGUACGUUACAAAUUUGUUGGACUAGUCACACGUGAAGAUGUACAGAUUUAUCUUACUCUCCCCACAUUAUAUAGUACCAAUACCCAGAGUACUGUACCUAGUUCUCAAACUGAUGGUUUGGGUGGAAAUCUUUCUCCUGGUGUACUUGCAACUAACAAAAUGACAUGGACGGAGUGGUUAACGCACAAAACGUCUCUAUUCUUUGUUCUGGGGGACAGAAGAUGGUCAGAGCUCUGGGCACGUUCUAAUCACAGUGAAGGACACACAGGGGGUGUGGAUCACAAUAACACCAGUCUCCAUAGUAUUAGUUCUAGAAUUGACAAUGAUAACUUGUUCCUUUUAGAUGAGAGUCGUUUACCACCGGUACUUGAUUUUUCUCUAAUUGUAAACCGUAGCCCAUGGGUAAUUCCUCCAUUCUUUAAUCUACAAAUGGCGUAUCAUACUUUUCGAAUGAUGGGAUUACGUCACAUGGUCGUUGUAGAUGGUGACGCCGUAGUGGGAAUUAUUACACGAAAGGAUCUCCUCGUUGAUACGUUGCGACGACGAGUGAGAGAACUCCACCCGGUGAGUGAUGAUAACUUUGAUGAUAUGAAUCCCCCCUCGUUGAUGCCAUCAUUAUCUCAUAGUUAUCGCAGUAAUGGUCAUGCAUUACGUCCAUGGGGUGAACGUUUGCGGGAUUCACCAUCAACACAACCGGUACUACCACAGCAAGUGAUGGUUCCUGACCUUUUUACUGUCGACUUCCCCGAAGUGAAUCCGGUUGUGCCUCAUUAG